AUGAGUUUCAUUGGUAAAAAGGCCUUAGUUACUGGGGCAUCUAAGGGGUUAGGUUAUGCAUUAUCACAACGGUUAGCUCAAUUAGGUUGUUCAGUUACUCUACUAGCCAGGAAUGAGAAAUUGCUAAAAAGGAAUAUCGAUUCACUUCCUGUGGUUGCAUCCGAUCAAAGUCACAGGUAUAUAAGUUGCGACCUUCAAGAGCUAUCGGAUAAAGAAAAAUCAGAUUCCAAUCUGAAAAUACACAAUGAAUUAAUGAAUUCUUUAACUGAUGUUUCGAUUUUAGUGAAUUGCGCUGGAAUAACAACCCAUAGAUUAUUGCCUAGAAUAAGCAGUGAUGAAAUACUAUCUACAGUGGGGUUGAAUUUGACUGCACCUAUAAUAUUAAGCAAGUUAUCAUGCAGACCAAUGAUGAAAGUUGCAAGUAAAUUAAAAGCGAGCCUGAAUCCUGAAUCAUUCAAAAAGCCUAUUAUAUUAAACAUAUCAUCGAUACUUUCAAUGACUGACAACACGUUACCAGGGACAGCCGUCUAUGCAGCACUGAAAGCGGGACUUUUGGGAUUUACGAAGUCUUUAGCUGCAGAGUUUAGAGGUAAGAUAAGAGUUAAUGCUUUACUUCCAGGGUUAAUUGUUGGAACUCAAAUGGGUGCCAAUGCUAUGAUAGAUGAUGGUGAAUUAAAAUUAAAAGAAGUUUCAUUAGAUGAUGUCGUAGGAAAGGCGAUUGAGAUUAUAUCUAAUGACUCUAUAAAUGGCCAGAAUGUCUUAAUUGACGGUAAGGAUGGUAAAUAA